AUGUCAAAGAACUAUUCUCAAGAUAUCGAGGCUCCUCUUCUUGGUGGUGGCAACACGCUUACGGAUGAUUACCGCUUCCAAAGAUAUCGUCGUGUUGCCAAAGCCUCUCUUUGGAUUUCGGUCAUUGCAUUGAUUUUCUCUUUUGCCUCUUUCCAUCGUGGCGUCAUUGUUACUACAAGCAAUCAAGCAGACACAACACCUGCUGCGGCUAUCUCAACUUUUGAGUUGGAAGAGCUAUCCUAUCAUCGAUGCGUUGAUCCUUCCAUCACUGAUACCUACACUUUCACUGUGCCUGUCGACGAAUACCAUGGCUUGAUUACCGAUGAGCAUUUGCAUCACAGCGUUAUCCAUUUUGAAGGUGGUCAUGCAUCGGUUCGUGUGAACCCCGACAUUAAGGAUAUCAUUGUUCGCUAUGAGAUUCAAUAUCAAUUUGAAGAAGACAAGGACCAUAUUCGCAUUGAAAGCCGGGAUGCCGAAAAUGAACAAGGAGUACGACACAUUACUUUUAUUGUGGAUGAUCAUGAUAAUGACCAUCACCAUCGUCAUUGUCUUGUCUGGGACCUUAUCAUUGAACUACCCACCGAGGAUGCCCUUGAAAAACUGUCCAUUGGUGUUGCCAAUCACAACGUUGGCUUGUAUGAUGCAUUUACCUUUGAUCGCUUGUCGAUUGGUACAGCCAACGGCAAUAUCCAAUAUCAUACCCAAGGUGUUGUGGCAUCAUCCUCAUCACUUUCAACGGCCAAUGGCAAUAUCAUUGUCCAUGGAGCAACAUCGACAACCAAGAGCUCUUUCUCUACUGCCAAUGGCAACGUACAAGCUCAAUUUGACCGCCUUGAGGGCGAUCAUGCAUCAUCCACCUCCUCAGGAAAUAUCAACUUUAGUGCAUUUGCUAUUGGAAAAGAAUCCUCUGAGAAAGAUACAGUUCCCACGACCAUCAGCCUUUCUUCAUCUGCAGGCAGCAUUGAUGCCACUGUUCCCGACAGCUUCCACUCCAAGUUUACAGCCAACACUGUCCUCGGUAAGGCCAUUGUUCGAUCCGAAGAGCACCCAGAAAAGGUCCAUUUCAAGUCUCAAGGUCGAUUCAGCAAGCAUGGUUACUAUGGUGAUUCGGAAAAUGACAUUCAAGAUGGCAACCGAAUUUCAGCUUCAACCACUGUUGGCCAUGCAUUCAUUACUUAUGCUUAG